AUGGGCGGCUCGGUGAUUUUGGAUGCACCGCGAAUGGGAGUGCAGUGCAAAGGCGCGAAGCGGACGAAGGGAGGUCGGAUUGGUGUGGCUAGGCGAAAGGUGCGUGUCAAGCUGCGGCUCAUCCUAUAUCGGAUCCGUGUUUGGAGUGGAAUCCAGGAACCAGACACAAAGGGGUGGAGGGAGCAGCAGCAACUGAUGUUCGAAGCUGGGGGUUGA